AUGGAUAUGCAAAAACCGAAACUUCAAUCGGCCAUCGAGCCCCCUCCAGAGCUCAUGAUGGACAACGAUGAGCACAGGCUGGCGGAGAUGGGAUACAAGCAGGAGAUGAGCCGGAACUUCUCUGUUUGGUCAGUUUUGGGCCUUGGGUUCUCUCUCACCAACUCCUGGUGGGCUGUUUCUGCGGCUAUGGUUACAGGAAUCAACUCUGGAGGUCCAGUUCUCUUCGUCUACGGCAUCAUUGGGCUUUUCAUCGCUGGGAUGGGAAUCGCGAUCUCCUUGUCGGAAUUGGUAUCUGCAUACCCCAAUGCCGCCGGUCAACAUUUCUGGGUUAGCCAACUUGCGCCGGAGCGAUCUGCGAGGUUUCUCUCCUACUUGACGGGCUGGUUCGUAUGGGCAGGCUCAAUCUUUGCAUCCGCAAGUGUCGCUCUAUCAGUCGGUUCAGCUUGUGUCGGCUGCUAUCAACUUACGCAUCCUCAUUUCGUUAUUCAAGCCUGGCAUGUAUUUGUUGCCUACCAACUGGUCAACCUGUUCGCAUUCAUCUUCAACUGUUAUGGACGAAUGUUACCGGUGGUCACAACGGUUACUCUGUACACCACACUGAUCUCGUUUGUCGUGAUCCUGAUCACGGUCCCGGCCAAAGCACCAUCACAUACCGAUGCAAAGUUCGUCUUUGCAACUUUCAUCAACAACACCGGCUGGUCUUCAUCUGGCAUCGCCUUCAUCGUCGGUCUGAUCAACCCUAAUUGGGGGUUCUCUUGUCUCGACACGGUGGUACAUAUCGCAGAAGAAGUCCACCGGCCGGAAAGGCUUAUCCCGAUCGGUAUCAUCGGCACCGUCGUUAUCGGUUUCGUCACAUCCUUCACCUUCUCUAUCUCCAUGAUGUACAGUUUGAAUAACUUUGAUGACAUUGUCAACACUUCCACUGGUGUACCGACAUUGGAGCUAUUCUUUCAGGCACUCCAAACCAAGGCCGGAGCUAUCGUCCUCGAAGCUUUAGUCAUCGCUACCGGUAUUGGAUGUCAGAUUGCGUGCCAUACUUGGCAAUCCAGGUUAUGCUGGUCUUUCGCACGUGACAAGGGCAUCCCUUUCCAUGGCUAUCUCUCAAAGGUCCACCCGACCCUCGAAACACCAAUUCGGGCCCAUGCUGUUUGUUGCGCGAUCGUUGCACUAUUAGGUUGUUUAUACCUUGGCUCCUACACCGCCAUAGCCAGUAUCAUCUCGGCAUGCAUCGUCCUACCUUACGUAUCAUAUUGCAUUCCUGUGGCCCUUCUACUACUCAAGGGAAGGGACAACAUCAGACAUGGCCCUUUUUGGCUAGGAAAGCUAGGCCUGGUUGCCAACAUCGUCCUGCUAUGCUUCACCACUUUCGCAAUCGUCAUGUACUCAUUGCCGACUGUGAUGCCAGUGGAGGCUGACAAUAUGAACUAUGUCUCAGCCGUGUACGGGAUCAUCAUUCUGAUCAUCAGUGUCGACUGGUUUGUGCGAGCUCAGAGACAAUUUCGUGAUGGGGCCAAUGCAAUCGACGGGCUUGCUGUGGUGGCAUCAAACAAGCAGUGA